GCCGCUUGUCUGAAGAACACGUGUCGUUUGUUUACGUUUCUUGUUUGAAGUGCAAUGUUUUAUUUGGAUGAUGUGAAAUAACGUUGAAUUAUUCUUUAUAAUAAAAUAAAUUGCUGAUAUUGGUAAUCAUUUUAACUGUAUAAUUUUAUUGAAAUAGAUAACGAUGAAAAUAAAAGAUGUUGAAGUGUGCAGUUUUCAAAACUGGUACAAUGACUUUAAACAUGUUACUUUUAAAAGUAUAAUUUUGGCACUUCCUGAAGGAUUUGUAUCAUACAUCUUAAAAGAUGGAAUCGUUUUGCCAGAAAACUGUCAAACAAACAGUGCUGUCAAACAAACAACUACCAGUGAUGAAAGUGAUGAUGAGCAGGUUUCUUGGGAAGAUGGUGAAGCAGAUGAAGCUGAGGCUCCACAUUUCUCUGAAUUUGAUGCAAGAAUAAAAUAUGCUAUAGAGUCUCUAGGUGGGAAAGUGUUCCCAAAGCUGAAUUGGAGUAGUCCUCGUGAUGCCUCUUGGAUUGCAUUUAAUAAUUGUUGCUGCUGUACUACUGUUUCUGAUAUCUACUUACUGCUGAAAAGCUCUGAUUUUAUAGUUUAUGACCUUACAAAAGUAUUCUCUCACUGUGAAGAUUUUAUAAAUUCUAAUGAUUUAAAUAGAAGAGAAAAUGGUCCAUAUUAUCUUGUUUUACGAAAAUGGAUUGAUAUAGAUACAUCAGGAGAAUAUAGAUGUUUUGUGAAAGAUAAUUCACUGAUAGGUAUUAGUCAAAGAGAGCACAGCUUAUAUUUUCAUCAUAUUAAUAAUGAAAAGGAGGAAAUAGUUGAAGAUAUUAAUAAUUUUUUUAUACAGCACAUUCAAUCUAAAUUUCCUUGCUCAAACUAUGUGUUUGAUGUCUACCGGAAAAAGAAAGAUCAUGUUUACUUGGUAGACUUCAAUCCAUUUGGAACUGUUACUGAAUCAUUACUUUUUGACUGGGAUGAAUUAAUUAUUGGAACAGUUGGAACAAAUGGCACCAGUCUUCCGGAGUUUAGAUAUGUGGAUGAUGACCGUGGUGUUCAACCAAGACCACUAAGUUACCAUGCAAUACCCAGAGAUAUUGUAGAUAUAAGUACGGGUGAAGACAGUUUUAAAUUAGUAGAUCUAAUUAAAUUAGAACCAUAACUCUUCCACCUGGAG